AUGGUUAACGCAACAGCAACAGCAAACGGAAUCCACCUCGACCAAGAGACUCGCAGCAAGGAAAUUGUCGCCAGCCUCAGAGGAUUCCUCAAACAUCAAACCGAGCGUGUCUCUUUAUACAAGGAAUUCAACGAUGCAUUCAAGGAGUAUGUGGCAAAGCGGAUGACACAAGAGGAGUACGCCACCAUCUGCAGGAUCGUCACCGAGGGAUUCGUAGAAUUGUCAAUUGAGAUUCUGGCACUGGAGUCACACCUCGGCGGACAUGCUCACGCAAGCACUAUCAACGUCUUGGCACCUCCCACGACCGCAACAGCAACAAAUGACCCUUCAGCAUCAUCAGGGCAAUCAUCAACCAAUACCAGCAGCAGACGGAACUAUUCAUUGGAUUCACCAGAACAUGCACAGCUGAUUCGUGAGGUUCAGUUGCUUGAGAAACAGAAGCUGGCUCUGACAGUCCAAGGACAAAAGUGGGUUCUGGAAAAGGAGGCCCAGGUGGCUCAGGAUAUCAGGGACCAGGAAGCUGAGCUGCAGGCAGAUCGGGUUGUUGGAAGCGACGAGGAGAAUGGUGAGGGGGCAGAGCAGAUUGAAUCAGAGGUUCAGGCAACUGCUGUUCAUGAUGCCGAGGGCCGGACGCCGCCACAAGGUGCCUCUGCUGCAGUUGCUAAUGGAGGUGUUAAGUUGACGGUUGAGGAGUGGCAAGCCAAGGUGGACGAAAACCGUAACAGCUUGAACGGGAUCGUAGAAGAGAUCAAUGACAAGUUGGCCGAUAUCCAAGAGGCAAUUGCCGUUCUUGUUCUGUAG